AUGGAGGAGAAGGGCUCAGUGUCAGUCAUCCCGUCCUCUGACCCGAGGAAGACGCAAACCUGUUGGCCGUCAAGCGAAGCGAAGCUGUUGGUAGCGGUCCGUUCUUGGCUUCUACUGUCCAGCUCCUCGUCGAACGACGUGGCCUGGCCAGAUCCUGUCUCGCUGCUGCAAGCAGUAAAACGAAGCUAUGGUCGUGUCCUGUAUAUAACAGAUGAUGUGUUGAUCGUCAAAACACUUACCAGUCGAGAUGAAGCAAAUCUUGCACUGGCCUUCCAGUAA